AUGCCCUUUCACACUCCUUUCUUGAAUUUCUCGAAAGUUCAUCAUCUUUUGUAUGGGAGCUGUCUUGGCCUUGGGAAUGCCUUGUGGUACUGCUGUCACCAUGUUUCAUCCAAACUCUGCUUGAUUAUACGCUAUUCUUUCUUUUGCUUGAAAGAGGCAUUUGGAUCAUCCCCUUCAUGGCUUUUGUGGCUCAGGUAUAGCACCUUUGUAGUGCUAUAUCCAACAGGCAUCAGCAGCGAAGUUGGUCUGAUAUACAUUGCCUUGCCAUUCAUCAAGGCAUCAGUUAAGUACUGCAUAAGGAUGCCCAACAAAUGGAACUUCUCAUUCGAUUACUUUUGUGCUGCUAUUGUUGUGUUGGGAAUCUAUGUUCCAGGUAGCAUACAUCUGUAUAGUUACAUGCUUGCACAGAGGAAGAAAGCUCUAUCAAAAUCAAAGAAAGAGUAGAGUAGCAUUUGUAGUGUGUUCAUUUUGUUUGUUUUUUCCCAAACAUAGGAAGGAUAUGGACAUGUCUUUCUUCCUGUUCACAUAAAUUGUAGGUUAUUUAUCUUAAAGUCAAAACAAUGGAGGAAGGGAAAUGAAAUGAUUUGAUUCUUUUGUGCUAAAUUCCUAAUUUCUGAAAUGGCCAUGCGCAAAAUAUUCACCAAUAGCUCAAAUGACCUUUGGAUCAGAAAUGACUCAACAUUAGGAAACAAGCAAGUUUUCAAAACAGUCUCUUUCUCUCCUUCCACGGAAUGUCUAUAUUGAGAAAUUCUAAUUCAAAA